UGCGCCUUGUGUGCGAGUGCGUGCGCGCCCGCGCCAGUGCGCGCGCGCGCGCGUGUGUGUGCGUGUAUGUGUGUGUCUGCACGCGCGUGCGUGUGUGUCAGUGUUUCGUCGCGAGACAUUUCGGAGUCGGGUCCGGUGUUCUCCUCGCAUGCUCCGGGUCGGACCCAGCGUUUUACCCUCUUAUCGCUCGCAGGCUGUUGGGAGGUGAUGACAGCCGACAAGCCCGUGCCCAUGGUGAACGGGAGGCACGCGGAAGACGCCGAGGCUCCGCACGCGAGCCCCGUGCACGAGCGCGGCCAGUGGGGCAGCAAGUUGGAGUUCGUGCUCUCGGUGGCCGGAGAGAUCAUCGGACUCGGCAACGUGUGGAGGUUCCCAUAUCUCUGCUACAAGAACGGAGGAGGUGCUUUCUUUGUGCCUUAUGUCAUCUUCUUUGUGUGCUGCGGUAUCCCUGUGUUCUUCCUGGAGACAGCGCUAGGCCAGUUUACCAGUGAAGGAGGAAUCACAUGCUGGAGAAAAGUGUGUCCACUUUUCGAGGGUAUUGGUUAUGCAACUCAGGUCAUCGAGGCCUAUCUGAACGUGUAUUAUGUGAUUAUUUUGGCAUGGGCAAUCUUCUACCUGUUUAACUGCUUCACCACCGAGCUGCCCUGGGCCUCCUGCGGCCAUUACUGGAAUACAGAAAACUGUGUGGAUUUCAACAAUGCCAGUGUGGAAAACCUCACCAACCCUUAUGCCACCUCACCAGUAAUAGAGUUUUGGGAGCGUCGUGUCCUCAGUAUAUCCGGUGGAAUUGAACAGGUUGGGAAGCUGCGCUGGGAACUUGCUCUGUGCCUUGCAGUGGCUUGGGUCAUAUGUUAUUUCUGCAUAUGGAAAGGUCCUAAAUCAACUGGAAAGGUUGUAUACGUCACUGCAACCUUCCCUUAUUUCAUGUUGGUGAUCCUGCUCAUUCGAGGGAUCACACUUCCUGGUGCAGCAGAUGGAAUCAAGUUCUACCUUUACCCUGACAUCUCUCGGCUCUCAGACCCCCAGGUGUGGGUGGAUGCUGGAACUCAGAUCUUCUUCUCAUAUGCCAUCUGUCUGGGAUGUCUGACUGCUCUCGGGAGCUAUAACAGUUAUAAUAACAACUGUUACAGGGACUGUAUCAUGCUAUGCUGCUUGAAUAGUGGCACGAGUUUUGUGGCAGGAUUCGCCAUCUUCUCUGUAUUAGGUUUCAUGGCUUAUGAACAGAACGUGCCGAUUGAAGCUGUGGCUGAAUCAGGACCAGGUCUGGCUUUUAUUGCAUAUCCAAAAGCCGUGACCAUGAUGCCAUGGUCUCCUCUGUGGGCAUGCCUCUUCUUCAUGAUGCUCAUCUUCCUCGGCCUGGACAGUCAAUUUGUGUGUGUAGAGAGUCUUGUGACUGCCGUGGUGGACAUGUACCCCAAAACCUUCAGAGUGGGAUUCCGUCGAGAGCUCCUGAUCCUAGGGAUGUCUGUGGCUUCUUUUAUUUUGGGUCUAACCAUGUUGACAGAGGGUGGAAUGUAUGUGUUCCAGUUGUUUGAUUCCUAUGCUGCCAGUGGGAUGUGUUUGCUUUUUGUGGCCAUCUUUGAGUCCAUCUGCAUCGGCUGGGUCUAUGGCAGUGACAAGUUUUAUUUGAACAUUGAGGACAUGAUUGGGUAUAAGCCCAUAUUUUUCAUCAAGUGGUGCUGGAUGAUCCUCACCCCUGGCAUCUGUUCAGGAAUUUUCCUCUUUUUCUUGAUCAAGUACAAGCCCCUGAAAUACAACAAUGUGUAUACGUAUCCAGACUGGGGUUAUGGCAUUGGAUGGACGAUGGCAAUGUCCUCGAUGAUCUGCAUCCCUCUGGGCAUUAUAGUUCAGAUCUGGAAAACAGAAGGAACCUUCAUGGAGAGAAUCAAGAAGCUGACCACCCCGAGCCCCGAUCUGAGGAUGAGAGGCCACCUCAGUGCAAAGAGUCCCUACGCCAUCAAUGAUGCUGAUGCUAAAAUGAGGGUGGACGGCAAACUCUCCACCAUUACGGAGAAGGAGACACAUUUCUAAACCUGUACCUACCGAGACACGGUCACAGCCACCAAGACUGGAAAGGAAAAGAACUUAAAGCUUGCCUCGAUUUUUGGUGAAGAGAAAAUGAUUAUCACAUUCAUAGUCUUGCCCUUUUUGCACAAAUAAUUAACACAUCCAUUUCAAGUUAACUUCACGAUAAAAAAAGUCUCAUACGCAAGUUUAUAAAAAAAUCUAGACUGUUAAAGGUGAUCUUGUACUUUGUGUAUUUUCGUGACACUAGUGAUUACCGUACCUAGAGUGAAGCCAAGGUAAAAAUGUGCUGUAAAGUGUUUCUGCAUUUUGAAUCUUGGCAAUGGCAUUAUUCUCUACAGAAUGUUCCUAAUGUGUAGAAGAACCAUUUUAUGACCAUUCCAAAUGUUACAGGUAUGUUUGUAGAGGAUUCUUUAUUUGAUGGAUAAAAAUGAUGGUACAUUUGGCUGGCAUUAGCCUCCUCGCAGGGCGAGCAUGACUUAGCACACACAGUGUCCAUGUCAUUUUAUACAGCAUGGACUCAAUACCACUUCACAACGGUUAAACUGAGUUUAAUCCAAGGUGACAGACUGAACACAAUUCAUCAUUAUUGUGCUUUCUGAACUUUUUUUUUUUUUUUUAGAUAGCCAGCUUGACCUCUAAUGCUGUAGUAGGCACUUCACACUCUCAGUGUUAUAAAAAUAGCCUCAACAGACUGGUAAUGGCCCAAGGGCAGUUGUUCAGGUUUUUUUUUUGUUUGUUUGUUUGUUUGUUUUGUUUUUUGAAGAAGUACGAGAUUAAGGUCAGGUUUUUUUGCAGUGCACAUUCACUAUAUGGAUACCAUUAUAGAUAAAUGUGGCUUAUAAUUGUUGGUUCUGUGUUAUGUAAGAUUGGCCCUUAAGAUAGGAAAAGAUUAAAGGUAAGUAGGAUUUAACAGGGAUAUGCAGUAAAAGGGAUUAAUUGAGUCCUUAUGUUUUGGACUGGCUAACACACUUGCUGCUAUUAUCACUUUUACCACCUGAUUUAUAGAGUGAAAUGUGCCCUUAAAUUGCUAGUUGCAAUUAGACUGACCUAAUAUGCUAAAUAUAUUUAUAAUACUAUGAUGAUCGAUUUAGCUAGAUUAUUUAAUGUGAUUAUUUAAUGUGAUUAAACCAAGUGUUGAUUAAGAAAGAGAACUGACAAGAGUGUUACAUCAGGGCACCCAGCUACUUUGAUACUGUAGAUGUCCGGUUGUCUUGGAUACACUGUGAACCCUGUGCACAUGCAUGUGAUCUUUGGUAUGGUCUAAUUCAUCAUGACACUGUCACCUCUGUUUGUGCAAGUAAACUGUUUUACUGUUUUAAUAGCCUAACUUUUGAGAUUGAUGUAUAUUUUUACAUUUGGUUAGGGUAUUUUUUGUGUGUACUAUUUCUUGAGAUGAACAAAAAAAAAAAAAAAAAAAAGAAAGAAAAAAGAAAAUAUGUUUAUUGGAUGACUUUUGAUAUGCCAUUCAACAUGGUGUUUUAGAGAUUAUAAUGCAAAUGUUAUAUGUGCUGUUUACACAGAUUUUGGUAUUCACAGGACAUAAGAAUGAUCUGCUUACUCAUUUUUAAAAAUAAACGUUAAAAGAAAUGUUUCUCUUUUGCCAUUUUUGUCAUAACAUUUUUAUAAACGUAACAUUUAACAUUAAGAAAUGAUCUCCAUAAUUGAUGUAUCAUGGUGUAUUGUUGUAGUAAUCAACAUUACCAUGGAUCAUUUAUUCUAUAAAUCCUGCCAAAGCACAAUCGAGCAGAGCUGCAAACGAACACACAUGUCACGAUCACCUUGAAUCUCAGGCACAUAUUAGAAAUGAGAGAAAGACUAAGAGGGGUAAAUAGUGUUCUCCAAAACAAUGAGUCCAAUGAGGAAUGCAAUUUGGGCCCAACCCAACCAUCCACUUGAAGAUUCUGAAUUAAAUAUUGUAAAUAUAGUGGUGCGUUACUAGAAUUGGAGUAGCCUUUGGCAAGUCUAUUUGCUGCUGAUUUUCCAUAUACACAUGAAGUUGGGCUUUUCCAAGAUUAGUGGGAAGUAAAAUGUUCAUUGUUGUUGAUAAAACCACAAAAAUCUGAGAACAUUGUAUCCAGUGCCCUCCAUAAUUAUUGGCAAUCCAUGAAAAUGAGCAAACGUUUAUAUAAAAAAUUAAUAACACAUGCUAUGAGAGAUUUUCAUAAUAAGUGAUACCAUGCUAUAAACUCGAUAGCACUGGUCAAAAGGAUGGGGAAAGAAGACACAGGAAGCAAGAGAUGGAGAGAGCAGGGCUAUUUCUCUUUUGUUUAUUCUCACUUUUCAGCACUAUGCCUUUUGGCACUCUCAAGUGCCCACACGCACAAAAACAAAAGUCCCAUCUGACCGCCUACUGAGGACUAAAAUAAAUAAAGAAAUAAAAGGACAUAAAUAGCCAUAAUAACUGUCAUAAACUACACAUAGAUGUAAACAAUCACUCACUGCAACCACUGCCAUGUAAACAUACAGGGCCAUUUUUAGGUAU